CUCACCUCCUCUUCCUUCGCCUACUCCUAUUUCCACUCCGCCUCCAUUACCUACCCUGUGUUUUGCAUCUGUUUGCGAUUAUUAUCUUUUUGACGCUCAAAUUGACCAGCAUGAGAAAAUUGGGUCGCCAGUCCUUCAAUCUCAAUAAUGGAUGCCAGUCACCCUUCCCUUUUAGAGUAAAAUGCUCAGUAACCCAAGAAACUAUGGCCUACACUCAGGCACCACACAUGGUUGAGGUUGAGAUGGAAGGCCGUGUACAUAGGAUAAAUAUAUAUGACAAACUGCUUAUUGUCUCCGAGAAUGAGCUUGCAGCUGAAGACAUCGCUGAAUGUAACAACAAGGAGAACAAUGAACUUGCCAUAUCCCCAAGUUUCCAUAUGAUCAAAUGUAUGAAGCAGAAAAUAUUUGUAACUCCACAGUUAUGCCAGCCCAGAUUCCGAGUAGUGGAACCUAGUGCAACUCCGGUUGCUAAAGCGAUCAGUGUUUUGUCUGACACAUUUUAUCAAUACAUAGAGCGCACAGCAGAAGAGAUGGAAAUGGACGUUGAGUAUGAGCUAGAUGAAAUGGAUAUGGCUUGGCUAGAAAUUGUUAAUCAAAAACGUCAGAAUGAAGGUCUGUCUUUGCUGACUGCUGAUACCUUUGAGCUACUGAUUGACAAGCUAGAGAAAGAGUCCUACAUGCAGAACCAACUCAAUGGUACAUCAAUGUCUCAUAAUGAUGAAAAUGCCUGCUGCUGCAUAUGUUUGGAUGAUGAGUGUUAUAACAGCAAUGUUAUCAUAUCCUGUGAUGUUUGUAACCUAGCUGUCCAUCAGGAUUGCUAUGGUAUACCUUACAUCCCUGAAGGGCAGUGGCUUUGUCGUUGCUGCCUUCAGUCACCAUAUAUGUCUGUGAGCUGUGUAUUGUGUCCAAACAAGGGGGGGGCAUUUAAACAAACAAGUGAUGGACGGUGGGUUCAUGUAUUAUGCGCCAUCUGGAUUCCAGAAGUGUGCUUUGCUAACACAGUUCUUCUAGAGCCAGUCGAGGGCUUAAACAAUAUUCCUUCUGAAAGGUGGAAGCUCAUGUGUUAUUUGUGUAAGCAGAAGGGGCAUGGAGCUGCCAUUCAGUGCUAUAAGAUUAACUGUUACACAGCUUUCCAUGUGACUUGUGCACAGCAGGAAGGGCUCUUUAUGAAGGUGGAGCCUGUACGGGAGACUAGUCUGAAUGGGACUACCUUCACUGUGCGCAAAAUUGCAUUUUGUGACAUCCACUGUCCUAAGGGCACAGUUAAGAAGAAAAUAUCUAAAUGCAAAGGGCGUGGAGAAGAGUCUGAAAGAGACGAAGGAAAGAAAGAUGAGGGCUUAUGGAAAGAGACCAAAGGAAGAUUUAGCAAGAAGAAAGGCGCUGGGAAGCGAAAAAUUAUAGAGAAUGCAGAAUCUGCAAGCGUGAGAACUUAUUUACCGCUGACUGUCUUGAAGAUUCCCAUGUGUAGGCUCCAUAAGAUUUCUAAUGGUGUACAUGUACAAAGAAAGACAGAGUUCAUGCAGCAUCUGCACAGCUACUGGCUUCUCAAACGUCUUUCUAGGAAUGGGGUGCCACUUAUUCACAGGCUACUUUCACAUUUAAAGCACCAUGAGAAAACAGCACAGAAAGUGCAAGAUAAGCAUAUGUCAGCCUCAAAGGAGAAGCUGAAUAGCUGGAAGAAACUUAGACAUGACCUGGAGAGAGCCAGAACUCUGACAGAACUCAUUCAUAAAAGAGAAAAACUUAAGAGACAGCAAUUAAAAUUGCAACAAACAGCCAUGGAGCUGCAGUUAACCCCAUUCAACAUAUUCUUAAAAUCUACUCUGGAUAUGUUGGAAGAGAAAGACAAAGCCAAGAUUUUCACAGAACCAGUCAAUCUAAAGGAAGUCCCAGAUUACAUGGAUUUUGUUCCACAACCCAUGGAUUUCUCCACAAUGCGUCAUAAAUUAGAGUGUCACCGGUAUUACUCUCUCCAUGCAUUUGAGGAUGACUUUAACCUAAUGGUUUCUAACUGUCUGCAUUACAACUCUGAAGAGAGUGUUUUCCACCAGGCUGCACUGCAGCUGCACCAGGAGGGCUCUUCUAUCCUAUCCCAUGCUAGACAUAUGGCUGAUAGCAUUGGUUAUGACUCCCACACUUUACUACACCUAGCUGACCGCUCACACAAUGCAGAAUACUUCAGAUUCUCAUGGGAAGAAGUGGAUCAGCUCCUAGUCUUAGAGAAUAGAAAUCACCUUUCACCCGAGUGUCAGCUGAAGGAGCUCUUAGAGAAAAUGGACUUUGUGAGCAGUGUUCCUUCUAGUGCAGCUCGUAACAGGCGCCUGAAGCUUCUCCGCAAGGAAAUUCAUUUUUUGCGCCAGAGACUGUCAACACAAGAACUACAAAAGACCGGCAUCACCAGUGGCAUUAUACCACAUGCAUAUUCUGGACUGAGACAUACAUUUCCCUUAGAUCUCUCUGGGAGACAAGCUCCCUUGGGAAAGCCAAACCUAAUUCCCAACCCUACAGCAGUAAACAAGGAAUAUACUUACCAAGGAAAUCUACUGAUGUCAUUUCAAGGAUCUGUUGAACUUACACCACUUCAGCUAGUAUGGGCUAAAUGUCGUGGCUACCCAUCAUAUCCAGCCUUGAUCAUUGAUCCCAAAAUGCCUAGGGAAGGUUUACUGCACAAUGGUGUCCCAAUCCCUGUGCCACCCCUGGAAGUCCUAAAGUUACUGGAAAUGAGACAUAUUGAACAUGGGGGAAAGCCCAUAUUUCUAGUUCUUUUCUUUGACAAUAAAAGAACCUGGCAGUGGCUUCCCAGUGAAAAACUUCUACCACUAGGUGUUGACAAUACAGUGGAUAAACUGAAAAUGCUGGAAGGUCGGAAGACAAGCAUCCGCAAAUCAGUGCAAUCGGCAUAUGAUCGUGCCAUGUCCCACCUAAGCAAUGUCAGAAGUUCUCACCCUUUUAUCACCCCAAAUUACUUGUAGAGAUAUUAAUUCACAUCCUUUA